CUUGCAAAGUGCAACUGCAAGUGCAACUAGGCUCAGUCAAAGAAUCAGAGUGGCCUAAAUACUUAGCUCAUGAGUCAGGAAGGUUGGUGAUGCAGCGUUUCUACGACGUGGCGGACCUAAUUUUUCUACACACCAUGAUCACAUCCAACACAGCCGGCAGCAAACGAGUAGCAGCUAGAAGAAAUUAUCCUGACUGAAAAAAAAAUUCAGUUUUCUCUAGAAAGUGAAUACAACUUAGCUGUGGAAGAACAAGAGUUUGGAACAAGAUGGCUUGCACAUCGGUGACGGUAGAACCUGUCCUUUUCCUCUUCAUGAUGAGUCUGUUCAUGAUGCUUACAACCAACCAACUGUUGUUUAUCAAGAAAGUCUGCGCAUCUCACUUUGAUGAAACGAUUUGCUCAAACCUGAGCGCCUUUAAAGAUGAAGAGGAUGUGGUUCAGACAGAGGCAUCGCACUGGAUUCUCUUCUUCAGCAUCUGCACUAAUGUUCCUGGAGCUUUUAUGUCCAUGUUCCUGGGAGCCACUAGUGACCGCGUCGGCCGCAAGUACAUCAUGUGCCUCCCACCUCUUGGUACUGCUUUCUCUGCAUCAGUGUUUGCUCUGAGUUCCUACUUCAUAGCUUCUCCCUUGGGAUACAUCAUCGUCGCUGCGAUAGCUGUCGGCCUGACAGGCAGUGUGGGAACGGCUUAUGUCACACUAAUCAGCUACAUGGCUGAUAUAACGGACCAAUCAUCUCGCACCAAGCGAUUUGGCAUCCUGGAGGCAAUGAUGUUUAUUGGUGGGACAGUGGGUCUCCUAUGUGCUGGCGCCAUCGGCAGUUUUGAGCACGGCUUCACCACUGUGUAUCUCCUUGUUCUUACCAUCCAAAUCCUCAUUAUCGUGUACAUCUUGUGCUGUUUGGAUGAAUCGCUGAAACCUGAACACAGAUUACCUUCAAAUGAAAAAGACAAGCCUUUAGGUGCUGGAUGUCUACCUAGACGAUGCCUCUGCUGGGGGCCUAUCCUGGACAGCAUGCGCCGUUCGUUUACAGUGUUUUUCGCCAAGAGGCCAGGAAACAAAAGGAAAUAUCUGAUAUCAGUUCAGGUAAUCGGCCUGCUAGGUGUCAUUGGGCUUUCAGGAGAAAUGGAUCUGCUUGUUCUCUUCACCAAGCAUUCUCCCCUCAGCUGGGACGUGUCAACCAUUGGGAUCUUCAUGGCGCUGAAGAACACCAUGAAAGGUGUUGUCCUGAUCGCCUUACUUCCACUGAUGUUUCGCUGCAUCGGCAAGGAGCGUGUCAUACACAGGGACCUGGUGCUUGCACAGGUUGGCCUGGUCUCAACCAUCCUGAGUCUAGUCAAUGAGGCAUUCUCCAGGCAGACGGCAAUCAUGAUGCUGGUUCCUAUGGUUGGAUGUUUAUCAGGCAUUACAGGAGCUGUCAUUAGUUCCUUCAAGACGCAGUUGGUUGAACCCAAUGAGUUUGGUGGGAUGUUCGCCUGCACGUCUUUCUUAGACACAUGUUUUCAAGUGGCCGGCUCUCUUCUAUUCAACACCCUGUACCCGGCCACGCUGCACAUCUGGCCUGGCUUCUCAUUCCUGAUCAUGGCAGCUGUUUAUGUAAUCUCUCUCUUGAUUGUCAUAUGGCUUCAGUGGGACAUGAAGAAAUCAAUCAAAGAGGGCAAGAAUGGUUUAGGGCAAAGAAGGCUUUUAGAUGAGGAUGAAUCUGAGGAUGAAUUUGAGGAUACCGUUUACAUGACACAAUUGCCUGUAUCCGUCCAACCAGACAGCAUUGGCGUAUAACAUGCUGAACAACAGUCCGCCCAUUACAAAUAUUGGAGUUAUGCAAUAUGGUAUGUCUGAACAAAAUUCCAUUCAUUUUUGAUUCAAUAUGGGAAAGAAUAGGAAUAACAGGCUCCCAAAAUGACCCCGCAUACAAAAACCACAUUUAAGGUAAAUUACAACAUUUCUGUAAUUUUCAUAAAUGGGUGGAUUUGGGGGGUUAGUAUUUUAUAGCAAAUAUUGUUGAACUGACCUGUUAAAAGU